AUUUCUGUUCCUCUUUCCUUGUAAUCAACUCUUGUGCAAGUAUCAAUUCAUUGAAGAAAAUCAUUGAUGGAGGCAAAGGCAAAGGGAGGGGCACACUUUGUGCUGGUUCAUGGAGGAUGUCAUGGAGCCUGGUGUUGGUAUAAACUCCUCCCUCUCCUCAGAAAUGCAGGCCAUGAUGCCACUGCAAUAGAUCUUGCUUCCUGUGGAAUUCACUCACUGGAAGCCCAUCAAAUUCAAACAUGGUCUGACAUAAAUCAACCCCUUAUCCAAUUGUUCAACUCUCUUUCUCCCCACCAAAAAGUAAUAUUGGUGGGUCACAGUAUUGGAGGUAUGAAUUUGACCUCAAUGAUGGAACAAUUUCCAGACAAGAUCACAGCUGCUGUGUUUUUGACAGCAUUCAUGCCUCUCACUGGGAGUUCUAUCAUGGAUAUGAUAAAUGAGCUGAACCUAAGAAUUCAAUCAUGGGGAGACACAGAAUUUACAAUGGGAGAGAAUGGCAUCCCAAUAUCCUUAAAGUUUGGCCCUAAUUUCUCAAGGCAAAUGUUGUACCAAAAUAGCCCAACUGAGGAUAUUGAGCUGGGGAAGUUGCUUAUGAGGAAGUCUCCUAUAAUCCAAGGAGAGGUGGUGUUUAGUGAGGAGAGAUAUGGAAGAGUCCCCAGAGUUUAUGUGGUGGCCAAGGAUGAUAAAAUCAUUUGGGAAGAGUUGCAGAAGAAAAUGAUAGCUGAAAAUCCUCCUGAUAGAGUGUAUGAAAUGGAAGGCUCAGAUCACAGUCCAUUCUUUUGUUUUCCUUCUCGUUUGGCCGAGAUUUUGGAUGAGAUUUCAAGUAGCUAUCACUGAAUUUUUAAUUAUAAUGUGUGGGUGAAGGCCAAAGAAAAAAGUGUGUUUCUUGAGUCUAUUUUGCAGAGAUACCUAUCUAUUAAUCAUAGAUUACUUCAA